AGCAUCACGGAGCUCUCGGAGAACCUGGUAACUACACCUCAGUUGUCUCAUUUCGAAGAACUGGUACCUGAACAAGUAAGAUCUGGAAUAAUUCAUGGAAGGGGAAGUUGGUCAACAAGAACAGCGAAUGGCACUGCCACCGAGGGAGACCGGGAGGGCACGUCGAAUCGACUUUCGGAACAUGAAGACGAGGAACCAACCUCGUCGGCGGCGAUUUCGUACCUUAAGAUCAACAAGGCUCUCCAGCCCGGCGACUGCAUUGGAUGGCAUUUUCCGA